GCUCUUUCUCUUUCGCUUUUCUAAGACCAGCCAUGAUUUUCUCUUCCUUGUUUCUCUUACUUCCUCUCCCUCCCCUUAUCCUUCUUCGGAAUCCCUAAUUAAGCUUGCCCUUCCAAUUUGCCUCUCUUUCUCACUCUUGUCGAAUCUCUUCUCUCUUCUCUAUCUACUAUACCUUUUUGUGUUUUUACCUAUCCAAACCAUACUUUUAUUUGAAUCACAUUGUUUUUUCCUAUUUCCAUAUAAUUCACGUUUCCUUUUCUUCCCCUUUUCUAAGUUUCAGUUACAAAUUACCAUUUUCCGAACUGGGUGGUCUCUGAGUUCUUGUAAAUCUGUUUAAUCUUGAGUCAAACAGUCCAAUUUGACAUCUGGGUGUUGACCAAUUUAAGUUUCUUUAGAGUCGGUUUAGGUGUUGAAUCCCUUUGCUUUUGUGAAAAUUUGAUUUUUUUACUCAAAAGACUUUAUGGAUUGUUAAACUUUUAGUUUUUAGAGGUGGAUUUUAAUUUUAGUGGUGUGGUUCACAGGAUCUCUGUGUGAAUUCUAUGUAAAAGUGAGUGUUGGUAAUUGUGGUUUUCUUUUCUUCUUUUUUUGGGUUGAAGAUUGAGUGAGAAAAGUAAAUAAUGAAGAGAGGGAAAGAUGAUGAGAAAAUUAUGGGGCCUAUGUUCCCUAGGCUUCACGUUAAUGAUACAGAGAAAGGAGGGCCAAGAGCUCCUCCAAGGAAUAAGAUGGCUCUUUAUGAGCAGCUCAGUAUUCCUUCACAGAGGUUUAGCCCUGCGGUCUUGCCUCUUAACCCAAGUAGUAAAAGCAGCUUGGUUCCUCCUGGUUCCUCAAGCCUGGGGAGUAGCCUUGAAAGAAAUAUGCUUUUCCCAUCUCGUGUAUCUCUUUCCACAUCCACUAAUCUGGCUGAGAAGUUUAGUACUCGCCAGCUUGGAGGAGCAAGUGUAAAUGCUCCUUUGGCACGCCUUGAGCAGAGAAAGGUCAGAGAUGAAGAUGAUUUCAUGGUUCCUGUAUUUGUUAACUCAGAGACAGGUCACCAACAUAAUAAAACCAAGAAUGGCUUUGAUGGGGAAAAACUCACUCCCUUGAGCCCAACUUAUCCCAGCCGUCAAAUAAAACUCCAAAAUGUUUGUGAUAAGGAUCCAAAUCGGAGUAGCUAUUCUGGUGUGAAUUUAAGAAAAGAGGUUAGAGACCAGAUUGAAGAGAGCUCAAGAGUGUGCUCAUGUAGGGAGCGUUCAGUAAAAACUGCCGCAGACUUAUCAACUAGAGAAAAUAGUGAUGGACAUGCCAAAGAAGCCAAUAUGUCUCUUGAUCAAGAUUGUGGAGAGCACCCUGCUUCUAGACUUAGCAGAUCGCAUGAAAAUGAUGCUUGUUCACUGCAACAACCAGCUAAAAACGGGUGCAUUAAUGGUGCUGAGUUGAUGAGAGAUAUUGAUGAGGGAAUUCUUCCCCGGCAGAGAAGCAUGUCUUAUUCAGAGGGGAAUCACAGCUGUCCACAUGAAACUAAUAAUGACAGUGAAUGCCGUGGAGACAAGACAUAUGGCUCACUACAGUGGGCAAAUGGAGAUAAAAGCGACGAUGUCUCAGAGACCUCCAUGGUGGAUUCUGCAUCUGGCUUGGCUAUCUGUCCUGAUGAUGUGGUGGAAGUAAUAGGUCAGAAGCAUUUUUUGAAAGCAAGAAGAGCCAUUGUCAAUCAGCAAAGAAUAUUUGCAGUACAAGUGUUUGAGUUGCAUAGACUUAUUAAGGUUCAGAGACUAAUUGCUGGAUCGCCACAUAUCUUGCUUGAGGAUACAGCAUAUCUCGGCAAACCUUCUUUUGAAGGCUCUCCUGCAAAGAAACUACCACCAGAGUUUAUUGUAAAACCACUACCACACACUAAGUGCAAAGAUGACACUGACAAGCCAAGUCAUAAAAUGGAAUGUUCUGCAGAAAAUGCAGUUGGUAGGACAUCCCUCUCUUCAGUGAAAAAUGGUAGUCAGCCUUCAAACUAUGCACCUUUCCUUGGAAACUCACCACCUGCACCAGUUAAUGGUGAUAAUAAAAUGAAUCCUUGGUGUUUUCAUCAAAUGCCUGGGCAUCAAUGGCUGGUCCCUGUCAUGUCCCCUUCCGAAGGACUGAUAUAUAAGCCGUAUACUGGUCCUGGAUUCAUGGGAUCCGUUUGUGGAGGAUGUGGACCUUUUGGACAAACUCCAAUGACGGGCAACUUUAUGACAUCAGCUUAUGGAGUUGCAGCUCCUCCUCAUCAAGGAAUUGGGGUUCUACCAGGUGCUCCUCCUGUUGGUCACUCAUACUUUCCUCCUUAUGGGAUGCCAAUCAUGAAUCCAGCAGUCUCAGGUUCUGCUGUGGAACAAAUGAACCAAUUUGCUGGACCUGGUUCCUAUGCCCACAACGGCCAGUUUUCUGGAGGUGGGGCAAACUUUAACAUGCAACAUCAAAAUUCAUGUAAUUUGCCUAGUGAGAAGAAUGGUGCUAUUUCGCAUGUCAAGAAGUUUCAGGCAUCUAAAGACACUGAACUACAAGGGAGUACAGCAAGCAGUCCUGGUGAGAGAGUGCAGAGAGAUGGGACCCGUAGUGCUGCUGAAGGCAAAAAUGCACUUCCGCUGUUUCCCACAGCUCCAACGAUUCUGGAGGGAGCCUCUCAACCUCACGAUAGUGAGCAGACGACAAGAGUGAUAAGGGUCGUGCCUCACAAUCCAAGAUCAGCCACUGAAUCAGCAGCUCGUAUUUUCCAAUCUAUACAGGAAGAGAGAAAACAAUACGACUCGGUUUAGCUUGUUUAUGUCAAGCAACCGAUUACUGGUAAAAUGAUCUGGGACUCAUCUAGCUAGGUGUGUUGCUUGGUCAUUUUCUCUGUACUUUUGGGUAAUGAUACUGUAACCUUUUCCUACUAAUUUUCUGUUUUACCGGUCUGGUUAUAGGUUAGCCAUAUGUAGAUAUGUCUUUGAAAGUUUACAAGUGAAUGUAACAUGAAUUUGUUAUCUCUUCAA